AAAUUUUUGCAGUUCCCUCUGACAGUCAGCAAUUUUCCAACUGCAAAUUGUCCUUUUGAGCUCUAAAGCUCGUCUAUGAUCUUCACCCAAAGCACACGCGACGACUAUCUCGGCGACCUCGUCUUUUCCCUCAUCGGCUUCUAAUCAAUAAAUCAUGUUCGCUCGAUCCAUUAUUCGUAUACCAACUACUCUCUCCCGAGGUUUUGCGACACAUACAGGCCCGCUCUCAGCGUUGCCAGCAGUCUUGCAUCUCAAGACUGGCGAGUCCUUCCAUGGCCGUUCAUUUGGCUCUCCCAGGAGCGUAUUCGGCGAGACUGUCUUCUCGACAUCAAUCACGUCUUACACCGAGUCCAUGACAGACCCUUCUUACCGUGGUCAGAUUCUUGUAUUCACGACACCUCUCAUCGGCAACUACGGCAUUCCAUUCAACAAAACGCCCAUUAAUUCUCAGGACGUUGGUGUAGUCCUAGAGUCUGAGGGCAUCCAAUGCAGCGCUAUUGUGGUAGCCGAUGUCGCAGAAAAUUUUUCUCACCAUUCUGCCGUGGAGUCAUUGGCAUCAUGGUGUCGCCGGUCAAACGUCCCUGCCAUCACCGGCGUAGACACACGUGCAAUCACACGCCUCCUUCGUGACCAAGGAACCACCCUUGGUCGUCUUGCUGUGGGUGCAGAUGCUUCCGCUCCUAAACCUGCCUCCGAGCAAUAUUGGGAUCCCACUUUAGAGAACCUUGUCGACCAGAUUUCGACAAAGCUUCCCUACCAGCUUAACCCCACUGGCGAUAUCAAGAUCGCUGUCCUUGACUUCGGUGCCAAGGCUAACAUCCUGCGUUCUCUCGUCCGCCGAAAUGCCGCAGUCACAGUUCUUCCCUGGAACUAUGAUUUCAACUCUGUUCGAGACCAGUUCGAUGGUCUGUUCCUGACCAAUGGCCCUGGCAACCCGAGUCAGUGUAUGGAAGCAGUUUUGAAGCUUCGCAAGACACUUCAAGAGUGGGAUAAGCCGAUGUUUGGUAUCUGUAUGGGUCAUCAGAUUAUUGGCAUGGCUGCCGGCCUCGAGGCAUACCGCAUGACCUUCGGCAAUCGUGGGCACAACCAGCCUGUCCUCGCUCUCGCUUCUUCAGGUUCGAUUAAAGCUGGAAGGGUUUAUGUCACAAGUCAAAAUCACCAAUACGCUCUCAGGUUGUCCGACCCCUUCCCGGAGGGUUGGGAACCAUUCUUCAUCAACUGUAAUGACUCUUCUGUGGAGGGCAUCAAGUCCACCCCUGAGUCUGGAAAGAGGAUAUGGGGUGUUCAGUUCCAUCCCGAAAGUGCUGGUGGUCCCCUCGACACCAUUGAGAUGUUCACCGACUUCGUUGAUGAAUGCCGUGGAUACAAAUUAGCGAAUGUCGAAAAGCCUGUGGAUGAUAUCAUGGGAGCUGCCAAGUUCAUGAUGGAACAACCUGCCCGUGUCGCAGUCACUGCUUGAUUGUAUGUCUAAUCGUUCUCAUUCUCAUUACAUACGUGCAUAGUAUCGCGUUGUACGACAAAUGUACGAUACUCUUUUUUGGUCAAAUAUUUAGAUCUUUGUACUUGUUUUUUCAAAAUUUCAAGUUUUGGAUGUAUCCACCUCA